GAAGUGAAGACUUCCCUUUGUUAGAAAAUAUGGGGAACCAUGAAAUGAUGCUACAGGCAGUAAAAGAGCAGGGAAAUGCCUGAGCAGCUAAACCAGCAUUAAUCAGCACAAAGCAGUUUGGAACUGAAGAUUCAUUCUUGGAGAUAGUACUUUUUAAUGCACUACGCACUACAAAGUAAUAAGGGCAGAAGGACAGCAUUUAGAAGGGCACUAAAACUCAAUGCACUUCCUACAGCCAUGCGUCUUGGCUCUACCUCGCUUCCUAUUGGUUCAGAUGCACUUCCGGUAUGUGAUGUUUACAGAGCUGUUCGAGUUGCCUGCAUGGGACGGAAUGUUUCUUGUAAACGGGCUUCGCAGAGCAGCGCGAGCUCGUCCGUAUGCGCUCAUAAUGUCGGCUCGCGCUUGCAGCGAGUGCUCUGAGGAGGUCACACUGAUCUCCCUGCACACGGCUGAGGGACGCAUUGAGCCGCAGCUCCCGGGGAAAGCCAAGCUGUCUGAGCAGGACACACUGAUUCACAGGCUUCACCAGGACGCAUGCAAGACCUUGCCUAUCCUUCACCAUCCCCACUUCAGUGACACUGGGUUCUUCACAACACUCUGUUUUAUGGUCCAGAAAUUACAUUUCAAGCUCAUCUCUGGAACUACUGCUCACCAUUUACAGGGAUUGGUGAUUUUGUUUGUUUGUUUGUUGGUGGCAUCGCCUCGGCACAGUCCCAGCGUCUGUGGUUCGCUCCUGAGCUCGUUUUACUGUCUGUGUGGAAUUUCUCCCCAUGUCUGUUUUCCCCAUGAUGGUUUCCUCUGGGUUUUCCAGUUAUCUCCUACCUCCCAAAACAUAGAGGCUGGGAAAACAACGUACACAGACCCAGUAUCCGGCUACACGGUGUUCACAGAGGUUGCCCAUAAGAAUAGGGGGAGAUGCUGUGGAAGCGCAUGUAGGCAUUGUCCAUAUGGUCAAAUUAAUGUAAAGGACUCUUCUAAGAAGAAAACAUUCAAUUCUGCCUUCUAUGUAUAGUCAUUUAUAAAAUCUCUUAGUUGUUGUCGGCCUAACACUGCCAAUAAAGAUGAAGUAAAAAGUCGAAUAAACGUGGAAGAAGCCAUGGAACCAGCCAAAGGACAGGGUAAAGAGAAGAGGAGCAAUCACAGAUCUCAUUAAUGUAAUAUAUGUAACAUUCCACUUCCUGAAUAAGGCUUUUUGUGAGUGCUUAUUUGGACUGAAUGUGCAUUUGCCUUACACUCCAUUUGAAUGAUGAAAUAGUGCACAGCAGACAUGUAACCCACGCUUCUCGAACCUGUAAGAUGUGAAUCACACCGUGAUUUGUGUCAUCAGGUGUUGGUCUGUUCCUCAAUCCCGUGAAGGCAUAGAAGUGUGGAUUCGGUUGCAACAUAAACAGUCACAUUGUCACAUGUACUACAUUUCUCAAUCAAUAAAAAAUCAUGACAUGACUAAAAUGUGAAAAAAACAGAACAUUCAUGAGGAAAAAACUGUUGAGACAAAUUUUCAGAUUCUUAUUCGCAAAUACAUUAUGAGCAUGUCAAGAAACACUAUACACCAUAUGGCCAAAAGUAUGUGGACACCUGAUCACCACACCUAUAUGAGCUUGUUGAACAUCCCUUUCCAAAAUCAUGGGCAUUAAUAUGGAGUUGGUCCCCUCUAUGUGGCUGUAACAACCUCCACUCUUCUGGGAAGGCUUUCCACUAGAUUUUGGAGUGUGUCUGUGGGAAUUUUUGCCCAUUCAGUUAAAAGAGCAUUAGUGAGGUCAGGCAGUGAUGUUGGGCGUUGAGGCCUGGCUCGCAAUCAAUGUUCCAGUUUAUCUCAAAGGUGUUCAGUGGGGUUGAGGUCAGGGCUCUGUGCAGGACACUGGAGUUCUUCCAUUCUAAACUCGUCAGACCGUGUCUUCAUAGAGCUCGCUUUGCGCACAGGCAUACAGUCAUGCUGAAACAGGAAAGGACCUUCCCAAAAUGUUCCUGCAAAUUUGGAAGCAUACAGUUGUCUAAAAUGUCUUUGUAUGCUGUAGCAUUAAGAUUACCCUUCACUGGAACUACGGGGCCCAAAUCCUUUAAAAAAAAACAGCUCCAGACCAUUAUCCCUCUGCCACCAAACUUCACUGUUGGCACUGUGUGUUUCUGGGAGGUGGUGUUCUUCUGGCAUCCACCAAACCCAGAUUCAUCCAUCAGACUGCCAGAUAGCGAAGCGUGAUUCAUCACUCCAGGGAACAUGUUUCCACUGCUCCAGAAUCCAGCAGUGCUGCUUUACACCACUUCAGCUGACACUUGGCAUUGUGCAUAGUGACCUCAGGCUUGGGUGCAGCUGCUCGGCCAUGGAAACCCAUUUCAUGAAGCUCCUGAUACACAGUUCCUGUGUUGAUGUUGCUUCCAGAGGCAGUUUGGAACUCUGUAGUGAGUGAUGCAACAGAGGAUAGGCUACUUUUAUGUGCUUCAGCACUCGGUGGUCCUGCUUUGUGAGUUUGCGUGGUCUACCGCAUGGUGGCUGAGCUUUUGUUUCUCCUAGACACUUCCAUUUAACAAUAAUAGCACUUGUUGACAGGGGCAGGAAUUUUCAUGAUUAAAAAAGGUAGCAUCCUAUGACAGUUUAAAGUCACUGAGCUCUUCAGUACGACCCAUUCUCUUGGCAAUAUUCAUCUAUGAGAUUGAGAUUGCAUGGCUAUGUCCUUGAUGUUAGGAACCUGUUAGCAAUGGGAGUAGCUGAAACACCUGAACUCAAUAAUUAGGAGUGGUGUCCACAUACUUUUGGCCAUAUAGUGUAUGAUGAUCUGUUUCAUAUCUUUACUGUCCUUAAGCUUUUUUCCCUUUGUUGUGUAUCAUUUCAAGACUACACCCAGAGUAAGCCAUUACAUUAUCUUACUCAUAGGUCAUUAUAUCUUUACUUGAAAUAAUUCUCUUCAUAAAUAACACAAUAGAAAUGCCUAUGGUUAUGAGUCACUUAUUGCGAAUGCUUAAGUGAAAACCAGAUGGUGAAAUCACAAAGGAAUAUUGGAUUCUAUUAGAUGUUUGGUAUUAAACAGAUGUAAUGUUAUCGGUGCGUCUGCAACCGCGUGACAUUAAUCAGCCCUUUCUCAGGCUGUAGGCCGACUCUUACACGAGCUGACGGAGUCCUACUGUUAACAAACAUGCCACCUACAUCAACAUAUUAAUUUCCAUCUGUGUACUCAGCCUAGACUCCUGGCAUUCAUGCACUUCUCCAUAGCUCCCUGAGGCUUAACACUUGGGUUGCUACCAAGUUCAGUCACUGUCAUUCUCAUCUCAAGAGGACACACUUUCAACUUGCACAGUGGGGUCCAAACGUCUAAAAACAAAUACAAAAUUGCUGUGUUACUGUACAAUGUAGCUGAGGUUUCAGAUUCUCAUAAAAAAUCGAAAUGUACACUGAGUUGCCAGUUUAUAUUUUGUAUGUGUGUAUUUUGUAUGAUUAAUGUAUUCGUUUCCUAACACAUUAUUCAUUGUUGUUUCUCAUUAUAUCCAACACAUGACAGUUCAAACGUCUGCUUCGCUUCAUGCAUUAACAUUGCAACUGCUUUCAUCAAGUGGUACCUUUAAAUUAUAGUGUAGAAUGAUGUAAGUAGGCAUGAGAGAUAUGUAAGAAAUAAACACCACAGGGCAUGCUGUUAUAGGAAAGAAGUCAAUGACGGGAUAGUGUGAUGCCAUUAUGACCUCGAAGUUGAUUAUUUUCCAAUAACAGAACAUCCCAAAGUGUUUUAUUCCCUUUUAUACAACAGCAAUCUGCCAAAGCGAUCAUUUUUAUUUUAUUAAAAAAAACGACCUGUCAUAAGUUUUUAUGUGUUAUCGCAUACUUUAUAGCAGAUAUAAACAGUCGCUCCAUCACAAGCAUAAUUUUAUUUUUUCUCUCUCUUCAAGUUAGUAAGAUGAAAAAAAUCCAACUUGUCAUGUUACCGGACAAGCACGGUGCCCUCCAUCAAAAGACUUUCCCAUGUCGGAAAAUUUAAAGUUACAGCUUUACCUCUGACUGUUACAAAGUGCUGACACUAGAGACUUGUACCAAAAAUGCUGAUUAAAAGGUUAACGGUUGAACAUUAAACCUUUUUUAUGUUUAACAUUUAUGUGGAGUGUCUGCUACACAAGUCCGUGUGUAAGCUGUGACUAUAGAAAUGAUAAUGUAUUAGAACAAGCAGUGGAUACUACAGUCAGGGCUGCUGUUAUAGAAAAUUAAUCAACUCCUUCUGAGCAGAAUGGAGAAUUCAGCAGUGCUGUGGUAUAAAAUAUGACAGUUUUGAUUCAGUGAGGAAAUAAAUUCCAGGUAGUGUAGUCAGACAGUAAUGCACAGACAUGUUAAUUAUUAUGAGUGUUAAUACUUGUGUCUACUAUUAUGUGUACUUUUAUCCUGGUCAAUUUACUUUGAGGUGGCAGUAUAUAGAGUUCUUCUGUUUAAUCUUUAUUAGAGGAAUAAAACAUGACAAGGUGUGCUG